AUCAAGCACCUAGGCAUGCAGACUACUUCUACAAACAUUUGUGAAAGAAUGGAUCACUCUCAGGAGCUCAGUGAAUUCAAGCGUGGUACCGUGAUAGGUUGCCACCUGUGCAAUAAGUCCAUCCAUGAAAUUUCCUUGCUACUAAAUAUUCCACGGUCAACUGUUAGUGGAAUUAUAACAAAGUGGAAGCAACUGGGAACAACAGCAACUCAUCCACGAAGUGGUAGGCCACAUAAAAUGACAGUGGGGUCAGACCAUGCUGAAGUGCACAGAAGUUGCCAACUGUCUGCAGAGUCAAUAGCUAAAGACCUCCAAACUUUGUGUGGCCUUCAGAUUAGCACAGUGUGUAGAGCGCUUCAUGGAAUGGGUCUCCAUGGCCAAGCAGCUGCAUCCGAGCCUUACAUCACCAAGUGCAAAGUAAAGUGUCGGAUGCAGUGGUGUAAAGCACGCUGACACUGGACUCGAGAGAAAUGGUACUUGCCUGACUGCAUUGUGCCAAGUGUAAAGUU